AUGGCCGCUCGUGAAUUUUCAUUAUCUUUCGAGACUACGCCCCCAGCCGCUGCUCGUCCAGGUCUCCCUUUCACAGUUCCGGUAAUCAUUGCCGUCAAUCCAAUCGGAACACCCGCCCGAAACGUACAGCAUCUCGUCGUGAGCGCUUCACUUCGCGAUGAAUCCGGCGCAGGAGCCGCAUCAGGUCUGAGCGGCAACCUCACAGCAAGCGUCCGCAGCCGAGCCGACAACGCAAUGAGCGGAUAUGCUAAAUUCAGUCCCCUCACCAUCUCUCAGCCGGGGAAAUUCCGACUACGAGUGAUGCUCAGUGCAGCUUCUUAUGGCGGUGUCGUGACGAAGGAGUUUGUUGAUUCGACAGUCAUUCAUGUGCACGCCGGCGCGGCUGCCCAACGGCCAACUCCCAAUCAAGUGGCACGGCUUCAGCGGCUCACGACCGAGAAUUUGGAUAUCUCCGCUGCGGAUAUUGCUGCGUGGCAGCGCGCGUGA